AUGGCAGAAUCAUCCUCCAAGAAAGAUACAACAGAGUCAAAACAGCAGCCGCCGUUAGAAACCGAGAGCUUUUUAUACUCGCCACUUCCAAAUUAUAUAAAGAAAUCGGAUAUACACAAAGAUAAUGAUAUCCAUCAAGCGACAUCAUCAUUACUCUCUUCCAACAAUAAAGACUUUAUAAAGACCUUCGUUACUGAUGCAGUAGCUUCAAGGGCAAAAGACCCUGAACAAAUAUACUCUGAGAAAAUCAAGGACAAAUCGCUGCUGCUCGACAAUCCGCCGAAAGCAUCACGUGAGACACGAGAAAAACGAAAAUUGAAGCGACGCGCAAUCAUCAAAGGGAAAUCAAUGACUGCCAAAGAAAAACGGCAAUUGAAAAUCUACGAGCUGCCAAAAGAGGCGUGUAAGUAUGAGUAUUUCGAACAAUUGAAUGCGCUUUGGAUGGGGUACAUGGAAGAGUUGUGGGGGCCGCCGGGAUCUAAGGAAAGUACGCUCGCGCCAAAGCUCCUCAAGGCAGAUUUUCAUGGGGCGAUACUUACUGUGACCAAAUCAAAAUGUCCCUCUUAUAUUGGCAUUUCUGGUAUUUGUAUCCAAGAGACCGAGAACACAUUCAAAUUGAUUACGCGGAAAAAUAUUUGCAAAAGGAUCCCUAAAGCCAAAUCCAUAUUCACAUUCGAACUACGCGGCGCUCAAUUCCUAAUUCACGGCGAUCAGUUCGCGUAUCGAGCAUCAGCACGCGCGAACAAAAAGUUCAAGGGUAAGCCGACAGUUGAUAUCAAAUAA